AGUCAUAGGCCUAAGGGUCGGGCCUGCAACAAGUUAUCAUCACAGACAUGGGCCAAGGAGCCAGAGGCCGUCCGGGGUCUGUGAGUUGAGCCUGAGGCUGCGGCUUGUGGGUUAUCAUGGGGACAGCCAGCCUGGGGUCCCUCUGGGCGGUAUUCCUGCUUCCUCUUGUGUUUGGGGUCCCUACAGAGGAGCCUACCUUUGGGGAAUCUGUGGCCUCCCAUCUCCCCAAAGGCUGUCAACGAUGCUGUGACCCCGAGGACCUGAUGUCCUCUGAUGACGCGGUCCAUGCCCCUGUUUCCCCUUAUGUCCUGCCUGAGGUCAGGCCGUACAUCAACAUCACCAUCCUGAAGGGUGACAAAGGGGACAGAGGUCCAUCAGGAACACCAGGAAAGCCAGGCAAGAAUGGUACCCGAGGGGACCGUGGCUCUCAGGGCAUCAAAGGUGACAAGGGGCAGGCAGGUAGCCCUGGCAGCUCCUGCCAGACGCAUUACUCGGCCUUCUCUGUGGGCCGCAAGACAGGCUUGCACAGCAGUGAGAACUUCCUCUCACUGCUGUUCGACAGGGUCUUCGUGAACACGGACGGCCACUUCGACAUGGCCACUGGCCGCUUCGUGGCUCCCCUGGGUGGCCUCUACUUCUUUAGCCUCAACGUGCACAGCUGGAAUUACAAGGAGACCUACGUGCACAUCGUCCACAACGAGCAGGCCGUGGUGAUUCUGUACGCACAGCCCAGCGAACGCAGCAUCAUGCAGAGCCAGAGCGUGAUGCUGCCGCUGCUGCCCGGAGACCACGUGUGGGUGCGGCUCUUCAAGCGGGAGCGGGAGAAUGGCGUCUACAGCGAUGACGUGGACACGUACAUCACCUUCAGUGGCCACUUGAUCAAGGCAGAGGACGCCUGAGCUUCCCAGCCAUCUUCUGCAGCAGGGCGGUUGGUGGCUAGGGCAGGUCCCAUAGGUCACAGGGCUGGGUCUGCUGCUCUUCAUUCCUUACCUGUGGUCUAUCUCAAUCCCUGCCCCUCUUGGCUUCGUUUUCCGAUACUUUUAGGCUUAAGUAUUCCAGACUUUGCCAGCCUCUAGAGUGGCGGUCCUGACCCUCCACUGUGCUAUCCAUCCCCGGGCUCUUUAUUAUCUGAUAGAUUCUGGCUUUGAAUUUGGGGUAGACCCGGGUUUCUGCAUUUCUAGCUAUUUCCUCCAUCAUACUGAUGCUACUGGUCUAUGUUCUCAGAAUCCUAGGGACUUCAAGAACACUCUGGAAUUGCCCACCCAACUCUCUUAUUCUUCGCAUAGCCUCUGGCUUCCUCCUCCUCCUGGGCCUCCCCCACAUCUGACCUUUGCCCUCCUCCCCCUUUCCAGCCACUGAUCGUUUAUGCAUUCAUCUAAUGCUGAACGCUCACUUGAUCUCAGGCCUUAGGGAAGCCCGGAAGUGGGUACUGAGACUUGAGCACAUUACUAGGUGCUCCCCUAAACUGGGUCUGUGGGCACCGUGGGCCCUUCUCCACUGUUCCCAUGGUGCCACAGGUCCUGGAGAUGGGGAUGAUAUCCCUUUCCCAUUGCCUACGUCCUCACCCAGUGCCCAGCAUUAAAGCAAAUAUAGGUAUAGUCAUGGCUGGGAGGAGACCCAGUUUAGACGCAUCUGGGAUGAAAGGGUGUCUGGGAACUGGGGAUCGUUGUCUUCCCUGACCUUGGAAGACCCCUCCUGCCCUCCUCCUUUCCCCAUUCUCCAGGACCUUAGCCAUGGUCAGACCAUGCACUAGUGCUCUCUGGCCCUCCUGGCUCCUCCAAGGCCCAGGCUCACACUGGGUUUAUGAAGGUGCUUAAGCCCCUGUCCCCCUGGAGGUGGCUCCCGUUUCACAUCUCCUCCUGCCUGUAUUGCCCUUGUAGACAUCGCGGGCAAGUCAGGCAGGACGGAGGUGGCAGGUUUUAGCCCAAAGCAGGUCUAGGGACUGAAACCAGUGACAUUCAGGUUACCCGGGGAGGCUUUCUCUGAGCCAUGCCGCCAAGGUGGGCCCUGGGGGACAUUGUGGAAGAGCGAGGAACACUAAGACCCCCCAUGCCUGUCCCAGGGUGUGGCCUGGUGGCCCUCCAACCUUCUUCUCUUCCACUGCAGCCUGCCUAAGCUUCUCAGGGGGAAGGUAGCCUCCGUCCAUUGGUGCUUCUGCAGAUCCAGGGCAGGGCUGGCCCUGGGAGAGCAUCUCUGGUGCUUACAGCCAAGGGAGCCGUGGCAGGGUGACAGAGGCGCGGCCCGCCAUGUGCUGUGAGGACUGGUUCUACAAAACCAUCCUCAGCCUGACUGCCCUUGCCUGCUUGGCCAGUGUGAAUAAAGAUAUUGGAUUCUCUUGGCA